GUAGAUAGAUGUUACCAAUGCAUUUUACGUCCCCCCAUGUUGUUUCCAAGCACGAAGAAACGACUAUGGCGUUGUCGCGUCAACAAUUCGAGCGGUACUACGACUUCUUCCAGCUGCCAGAAUCACUGUCCGCAAACGCGUUGCCACCAGCAGCAGCAGCAUCUGCAUCCUUAUCCGCCAGUCCAGAACAGAAAUUGCGCGAACGACGAACGAAACGUUUGUUACGAAAGCGCGAGUCCUUCCAAGUUUCCAGAAGACGAAGAUCAGACAAUGAGCUCAGUAGGGUCCGGGAACGAGAUGAACAACACACCGCCACGGAUCCCAAAAAGUCCAACGGCGACAACAAUGAUUGGUUCGGCAGCGACCAGUGUAUUUCGGAAUUGUUGUCCAGGGGGAGGUGGCGGCAGUCGUGGUGGUGCAGUAGACGACGAGAAGAAACUGUUCCAGGCAUUUCUGGACAAAUUGUCGAGACCUCAACAGACAAAAUUGCUACAAGCAAUGGAGAAUGGUGGCUCGAUCGAUGGUCGAACAACGGAUUGUGUCCUUAUUCAACGCGAAGCCAUCAUGAAAGAGGAACCGAAUGUGAUUGCAUGUCGCUUUUGGCGUUGGCCAGAUUUGCAAUGUGCAACAGAACUGAAAAGGAUACCAGAGUGCCCGAACAACGCCGAUCCUGUGUAUAUUUGUUGCAAUCCGUAUCAUUGGGGACGACUCUUUUUUGCAGAUACUCCCCCUCCUCCUUAUCAACUUUACGACAUAGGCAGUCAAAACGUAGAAGGCCUUCUGUCAAGCGAAAGCAUGGAAGAGGGUUCCGAUCCCCCAGAAUCUUUACCUACUGACGGCGGAGAUUCAUUACAUCCGACGGGAUGGUGUCAAUUAGCUUAUUGGGAGCAAGCUCAACGUGUUGGUGAUAUAUUUCCCGUUGAAAAUUCAUUUGUGAAUGUAUUUUAUGAUCAGCCACGUGGGGAUGGUAUGUGUUUGAAAAUUUUAUCUAAUCAACGGAAGUCUGAAACUCCAGAAGCUGUUAAUAAAGUUAGACAAAAAAUUGGUUUAGGUGUAACACUUAGUCAGGAGACUGAUAGCGUUUGGUUGUACAAUCGCUCGUCAGAAGACAUUUUUAUAUAUUCGCCAACGCUAAACAAGGCUGAUGGUCGAUUUCGCGUUUCGAAAGUACUACCCGGCUACUGCCUUAAGGCCUACAAUUAUAGGGCUAUGUCACAAACAUUAUUGUGGCCAAAACAUAUAGCCGGUGCUCAAAUGGGCCCUGUCGAUACGUUUAGUAUGAGAAUUAGUUUUGUCAAAGGAUGGGGAAGUGGUUAUAAACGUCAGGAUGUUACUUCAUGUCCUUGCUGGCUUGAAGUGCUGCUAACACGACGGUGACGCCUUCUAACAAACCAAAUUUUUUUUAUUUUCUAUAAAAAAGAUAUAAAAAAGCAAAUGAAAAACAAAGAAUGAAACUAAUCACUUUUAAAAACGCCUUAAAAAAAUUAGAAAAUCGAAUCGAAGACGAUUUUUUUUAUAUAUAUAUAAAAUUUCAAUGAACGAAUGAUGUUCCCUAAUAUGCGACUGGUGGUCAUAGAGUUUCUAUGGAUUAGAAGAUAUGUUUUUAGUUUGAAACAACAUCGAAUUAUGAGUUAUGUUUUAUUCUUUAUCUUAGUUUCCCAAUGAAUUUGUUUUUGUUAUUUUACAUUGUCGUCCAGUCAGACCUUUUUUUUAAAUUCAAAAAGCAAGUAGACGUUUUUUUACUUUCAUUUGUUAGAUGUAUAAAGAACAAAACAAAACUAAUACAAUUUGUACAUAUAAAUAAUAACUACGGAAAAGAAUGUGAGAAAAAAAUAUGGAGACAAAUCGUGAGAUAAGUGUAACGCUAUAAGUUUACAUAAAUCCAAUGAUAAGAAGACAGAAAACACGAAGGAAAACUGUUGAAAUUUUCUUGAGACCUAGUCUGUUGUUGAGCCCAUGAGCGCAAGUGUUUAUAUAUGAUACAUAGAGCUAAGACGCGUGCAUUGAAUUUAACUAUUCUGAUGUAAAAUAUUUAAAAUUACAUUUGUAAACAGCAGCAACGGCGAAAAAAAAACACAAAACAAAUGAGAUACAAUAUAAUACUCUGUCCGUACCUACCAUACAAACACAGGAAUAUUGCAAAAAAUGGUAUAAAUCAGCAAAGAUAUACUAACGUAAACACACAAGACGUUAAUGCAACAAAUGAUGGAAAACAUAACUUGAGAACUGAGUGAUUCAAAAACGAAUGGAAGAACAACAGUAAAGCUAAACGAAAACGUGAAGCAGCAACACGAAAAUAUAAAAUAAAAUUGAAAAAAAAAGUGGAAACGCAUAUAUAUCAAAACAAAAAUGCCUGCAAUCUCGUUAUUCUUCUACUUCUUUUUCAAGAUAGAUUACUAAUAGAUAAUUCACUCAUUUGUAUGAUUGUAUGUACUCACAGAUUUCAAUUCCAAUUUGCAUAUUGUGAUAUUUAUAUUUAUUUUCUUUAAUUGCUUUUUCGCUUUUGAUGUUGAUAAUGAUAGAGUGAUGUUGAUGAUGAUUCUGAACAUGUAGUAGUCAAAGUGAACAGUAAGAAUGUUAAUUUCUAUAAAGAAUUCUAUGCAUAACAGUGAUCCGAAUUCAUCUAGUUAAAUUCAAUCAAUUUAGCUAUUUUUUUAAAUGUAUGCACGGAAUAUACAUGAAGAGAACUUUAAUUUUUAAGUUUUCUUUAUUUUGAAAAAUAGGCUUGGAAAAAUGUUGAGCUACAAUCAGAAAACGACAAAAAAUCGCUCCUUUCAUUCCCGUGAUUUCUCUUAUUCACAUUUAUUUUCCUCCAAUGUUAUGUUCUGUCUAUGAAAUUUCUCCGAAGCGAUCAAUUCAAAUUCAGUUCAAUCUUUCCGGUGACACAAAAUUCAAGUCAAAUUCAACAAUAUUUUCUCGGUGUUUGCUAAUUUACUUUCUUCCUCAAAUCUAAAAAAACAACUGAUCGUUUGCUAGAUAUUCAAAAUUUAUCUAGCAGAUGUUCAGAUGAAUUUCAGGAAAAAAGUAAAUUAUCUUCCAUUGUCCGAGCAAUUAAGAAAACAUUCUCCAUCUUAAUUUCAAGAUGUUCUGUCCAAUAAUUUGCAUUCUUGCAGUUUCCCCAGAGUAAUAUGUAGUUGAAUUUUUUAUAGACUGUUAUCAUUGGAAAUGAGAAUUGUUACGAGAGACCAAAAACCUUAUUUUUGGACGUGAAAUAAUUGUAAUUAUUCAGUCAUUUUGAAGCUGAAAUUAUCAUAUAUUCGGCGAAAAAAAGAGACUCCAAAAUAAUCUGACUGCGAAUGGAGAUUGAUGGAUCGUAAUGUCAAGACAAACAAUAAUUCCAUAAUUACGAUCCUUCGAAGAUGUCCUUGGAUGCAUGUCGAAGCUCACGCAUUCUUUAUGGAGCACUACCUGUUGUUCCGGAUACUGUGCAAGUCCUUUUGCUGGUAUACUCAUAUAUGAACUUAAUCUCUCUAUCUCUGCUUAAUUGUAUCAUUUAUACAAUUACAGGCACUUUAGAGGGAAACGUCAUGUAGUAAGUAACCAGACAAAGGAUUCUUAUAAUUUCAAUUUUGAUACAUAUUUCUAUCGAAACUUGAGAAAUCUAGCUGUCAAUCAACAAUCAAGUCUCGAAGAAGGUUCCCCUAAGGUAAGAUCCAGUUUGGUUUCUUCAAUACUUUUUAUGCGGAAAACAAAUUUUUCUUCGUUAUAAGAGGUGAAAAAUGUAUUUUGAAAAAUAUUUUCGAAUGUACUGUUUUUAAAUUUAAAAAGAUUUCGGCCUAAAGUAAAUCUCUCCCAAAAUUAGUUUAGGUCGAAACGUCACAAUAUAGCCAAAUUUAAUGAACAGUACACUUGGAAGUAUUUUUUUAAAUCAAACAUAGUCUCUACGGCCUCUUAUGGAAGAUCAUUUUAUUAUCAUACUUUUGAUGGCACGAUAGUUGAGGGGAAAGAGUAUGGGGUAGCCUCUCAAUCUCGUUGCUUUGGGUUCGGAGCCCAGUCGUCAUGUAUGUUUGUGUUCGUCUUUGUGCUUGUCACUUUCACACACUUUCAACUUAAACGUUGUCUCCCUGAAAAUAUGAAUAAAGCAAUUAAGAGACUGUGAGGAUACCCUAUACCCCAGGAGUGGAUUGGGAAACAUUCAAAAUCAUGCUUUUGAUUGAUAGAGAAUAUAUAAAAACAAGUUAAGAAGCCGAAAACUGGACACUGCGCUUAUAAAAGGUUUGAUGAUUUUCUUAUGUGCCCUCCUUUCAUUUGCACUUCGAGGCCUAACUCCCUCAUCCUCCAAGCGAUGCUGAAAGUUAUCUCCAAAGGAUACUAAUUAAGCCAUUUCGUCUUAUACUCCAUAUGGCGAUACUUUGCGAAAAAGUACACAUCUUUUGCAUGCAUGGGGAAUCCUCUCUUCAACUUAACAGAAGGUUACGUUACUCGCUGCAUUUAAAGGGUUGAACAGACCAGACAUUCCCACUAAAUUUCGUGACAACAAGUCUAGUUAGUAACUUGAAUUUAGCCGACAGACAGAUUGAUUUUAAUAAGGUUUUGUUUUACGCGAGAAUUAUAAAAAGAAAGCAGAAUCAUAUUUGCAACAGAAAUGAACUAAAACAGAACAAGAGGCAAGAAAAGGAUUGAUUCACCUCGAAUCCGAAGUUUUCUCGAGAGACGGCGGGUGGCAGAAUAGAGACUUUGGCAAAACUGAGCUAAUUGAGCGAUUUCAGCCGAAAGCCACAUCAUUUUCAAAUUUGCGUCCAGAUUUUUCAUCUACCUCCUUGGCAAUUACUGCAAAAAAUCAAGUGCGUAUCACCAUUUGAUGGGAGGAACGAGAAGCGAGAACAAACCAAUAUUUGACAUACGUCUUCUUUUUCUUCAGCCUUUAUCCCGUUCACAAGCAGCGGGCGGCUCGUCGUGGCCCGUUUCGCCAUUUGGCUCUAUCGAAUGCCUGAUUUGGGUGCAAUCUCGAGGCUUUUAAAUCCCCAUCCAGGGUAUCAAGCCACCGCUGUUUCGGCCUGCCUUUUGGUCGUUUAGCAUCG